AUUCAAACACAAGAGAACGUUUACUUAUUUUCGGUGUUGCCAGGGUUGAAGAAUUUCCGAAAACAACUUCUCAGUUUUUCAACAGUAACGUUCAGCAAAGACAGGUUAAAUAAGAAUACAAUCUGAACUUAAUGUAAUUAGAAUUAGAAAACUGCUGUUAAUCUAAAAAGAUAUUCUAUAUUACCGUCUCUGGUCUAAGUUACUGCUUUUAAACGUGACAGUGGUUACGUGACCGGAAAGUGUCAAACAUGGCAACAUAGACUUCCUCCACCAUUGGAUUUAAAGCGGGAACGAGACGAAGCAAUGGUCUAAAAAGUUUACUAACUUACAGCUGGCAUAACAGUUGUGAAACAUCGUGCCAAUGGAUCGUUUGUGGUGAUAAACACGCGUACACGACUCGUGUGCCGUUUAUUAGUGUAAAAUUACGGAAUAAUGUAACGUACGUUGAGCAAAGCAGCUAACCGACAAAUCCGGAGAAACGUCGAGGCACUAACGUUACGUAACGUUACACGGGACAAACAAGGACAUCCUGGGCAUGUUGACUAAAGAAAGGAGGGCAGUAAAAACGUCUUUUACUCAAUGAAAGAGAAAUUAAUGAAUAGAAUGAAGCCGAAACGUAUCCAGAGGCGUAACGUUACAGGACCCAAGUGGCAAGGGAAAGGCGCCAGUACUGGUGGUGACAAAGCAGCCCUGAGCCAAGCUAAGCCAACGUGUGUGUCCUCUACUGCUCAAGUCAAACCUUUUGCUGGGAAAGUGUUUUACCUGGAUCUGCCAUCAAACAGAAUAGCAGAGACAUUGGAGAAUGACAUCAAAAACCUGGGAGGGACUGUUGAGAAGUUCUUCAGUAAGGAAAUUAAGUAUCUGGUAUCCAACAAGCGGGAGGCUAGAUAUGCGCAGUGCCUCAGGCAGGACUCUCCUGUCCCCAGCCCGGACUCCGGCCCGAGUUCACCUCACCCUCGAACAAACCAGCACCAGCCUGGCACCCGUGGGGACAACAUCAAAAGCAAGUCUCAGGGCCAAACAGACUCUUUUGUUCAAAGUCGAGGGAAGUCUUUGGUGGAGAGAGUGGUGAAAGAGCAGGAGAGGGUGAAAAUUAACAAGAUCCUGUCAAAUGCUCUGGAGUGGGGUGUGAAAAUCCUCUACAUAGAUGAUAUAAUGGCAUAUGUUCAGAAGAAAAAAAAGCUUGUCAGCAGCCUGUGUCCUGCUACCACUGCUGUCAAAACAAGUGUAAGUGUACAGGUCAAAGCUCAGUCCGAAGCAAAGCAAGGCUUUCAGAAAUGCAAAGGGGGAAGGAUCAGUAAACCGUUUGUUAAGGUUGAGGAUUCAAGCAGACACUACCGUCCAGUCUACCUCACUAUGCCUAACAUGCCUGAGUUCAACCUGAAGACUAUUCCUCCAUGUAGUCCUUUCUGUGUCGAGGACAAGGAUCCUCCUGGGAACAAACAGCCGGGACACAGAGGUGCAAAAGCGUCAGCCAGUGAACACUGCCGAAGGAAGACGAGAGACAAGAAACGAGGCGGCUACUGCGAGUGCUGUAUGACCAAAUAUGAGAACGUCACCACGCAUCUAAAGAGUGAACGUCACAAGGCUUUCUCCAAGAGUGACAAAUACCUGGUGGUGGACAAACUGGUUUCAGCUCUGCAGCACUGCAACUUUCUCCAUAUCAAAACUCAAGUUAAAAGACCAAAGUGCAGUGUUUCCUCUGUUCUGAUGGUUCCUGGACCAUGUGGGAAAACUGUGCAAAGACACAAGGGAGAUCUUGAUACCACAGAAGAAGAGCAGCCCCAGACUCUCGAUGGGCACGAGGGUUCUUAUUCAGGACCCACUUUAAAAAUCAGAUCAGAUGCUGGUUCUGCCCCUCUGAUUCACAGGGAGGGGGAGCGGAGGAGCUAUUACACACACUCAGACAGAUCCAAGCACAAAUCUAUUUCACAUAAACGGCCGUGUAGACAGAAUUCUUUGACUUCUUGCUCUCAAAAACCUGAGCAAGCUCCAAUUCCUCAGCCCAAGAUGGAAACGGCCCCCUCUAGAGGUGAAUGUCUUCCCUCUAUUCCCUCCAGAGAUACUCGGGUCAACAAAGUGGACCAAACAAUAACUCAAGACAUGAACAGCUCAACCUCUCACUUCCAUAAUAUGAACGUACAGAAUGAAGCUUCUUCAAAAUGCCUUGAUGUUAAAACAAAUCAACAAGAGGAGUCUGAUAAGAAACAGGAUUCCUUAGUGAGUGAGGCUGUUGAGGAUGGAAACAUGUUGCCUGACAAAAUGACUGCAAACAACCUCUCAGAAAGGAAAGAAGCGAGCCUUCCUUCACUAAGCUUCUCUCCGGUCCGGAAAAUACAGAGGAGGGUGAGAGUUUAUAAACGCAAAAGACGGAAAGUAAACACACCCGUUGAACAGGUAAAGCCAAGUGACAUUCCCAACGACUCCAGGCUGAAACUUUGGGAACUUUUUCAGUCAAGUGAUGACAUGGACGUGGAAUUUUUGGGCUUUAAGGACUAGGAAGUGAGGGGACUGAACUGAAGGGAUGAACUGGACUAUUUUGGAUAUAUUGCCUUUUCCAAUACUUGAACCAAAUUACAUUCUGUGCCAUUGACUAUACAAGCUACUAGAUUUUUCUUAUCUUCAGAAACAUCAGUUUAACUAUGGCUGAGUGAUCUACAGUGGCUUAUUGUCUUUCAGGCACGAAGAAAGCCUAAUUCUUUCCUCCAUUUUUUUUUUUUUCAUAUAAGAUGAAAGGCAGCUCCUGAUGUGCUGUAGCAUUUUGUACACAGCAUUGUAUAAGAUAUAAAACUAAACCAGCAAACGACAUUCCUAAUUCUCUUUACAAUGGCUUUAAAAUGACAUUUUCUUGUGCUGCAAAAACUGGUUGAAAAUACAUUUAUAUUUAAAUUUUAAACUCAACCCAAAGACGACACAGAACUUGGAAAUUGAAGAAAUGUAUUUGAAACUAAUAUUGCCAUAAAAUUGGUCUUAAAUGAACAGAAUUUAGUGACGCCUACAAAGUAUUAAGGAGGCCUUAUUUUAGACAGGGAACAGUCAUUUGUGUUAUGUAUUUUUAAAUUUCACAAAUUUGAUAACUUUUGCCACUUGAAAAUCUAUGAAAUACUGUGUGAAUUAAUUAAUUAAUUAACAAGUGUUUAUUUUCAUAGUUUAUAGUCUCUGGUUGAAGUCGUUGCCACUGUAUGUGUUCAGGGAAAAGGAGCAUUAUAUGAAAAAAGGCAGCUUUAGUCAUAUUUUCCACAGUUAUCUGAAGAAAGGUGACUUGAAUCUUCCUGGAGGAACAGGAAACUGGUUUUAUAUGUAUACAAAAUACAUAGAGUGGUUGCAUAUCUAUUUUAAUGUGAAUGACCUGCAGGUUGGAUGUGUGGUACUAUGUAUAUGACAUUUUAGGAUUCUUCCUAAGUGCACUUUUCAUGACCUGCCUUCACAUGCUUUUUCUGAUGCAUUAGCUCAGCUUCUUCUUUUCCCCACAUUUAGCGCAUUAGCAUAGUACCCUUGUUCUCUCUGUCUGCUCUUAAACGGAUGCACUGGGUCAAAUGGCAGUCUCUGUGCCUCUUAAGAAAAAUACUUAUUUUGAGGUACAAACACAGCUGCAAAUAAACUGACAAAGGCAACACUGAA